AUGGCGGCGGCUAUUCUUGGAGGAGCACUUCUUUCAGCUUCUAUGGAGAUGUUGGUGGGAAAGGUUGUUGAUUUAUUUCAGAGGACUAAGCUUGACGAUUCGCUGUUGGAUAAUUUGAAGAUAACACUGCUGAGUCUUCAAUCAGUUCUUCAUGAUGCUGAGGAAAAACAAAUCACUAAUCCUGCAGUCAAGGAGUGGCUGAAUAUGUUGCAAGAUGCUGUCUUUGAAGCUGAAGACUUGUUUGAUGAAAUCAACACAGAAGUUGAAGCUGAAGCUGAAGCUGGUCAGGUUCAUAAAAAGUUUUUAUCUCAUUUUAAAAUGUAUAGUAAAAAGACCAAUUCUAAACUGGAACAAUUAUUUCAAAAAUUAGAGCAUUUGAAAAACCAAAAUCUUGGUUUGAAAGAAGGUGUUUCCAGCUGUGUUUGGAAUGUAACUCCUACAACUUCUGUUCUGGGAGAUGAGUCUUCUAUUUAUGGGAGAGAUGAUGACAAAAAGAAACUUAAAGAGAUUUUGCUGUUAGAGGAUGGUUGUGAUAGUGGAAGUAAAAUAGGAGUGGUUUCUAUUGUGGGUAUGGGAGGGUUAGGAAAAACAACACUAGCUAAACUCCUUUAUAAUGAUCCUCAUGUGAAGGAGAAGUUUGACGUGAAGGGAUGGGCCCAUAUUCCAAAGGAUCUUGAUAUUUUCACUGUCACUAAAAUCACUCUUGAGUCUCUCUCUCCAGGAUCAAUUAGAGAUACCAACUUGGAUAAUCUCCAAGUACAAUUGGUGCAACGUUUAACUAACAUAAAGUUUUUACUAGUGUUAGAUGAUAUAUGGUAUGGAAACUAUGUUGGUUGGAAUAGUUUAAUUGAUAUCUUUAAUGUUGGGCAAAAAGGGAGUAAGAUCAUCAUCACAACUCGAGAUGAACGAGUAGUACUACCCAUGCAAAAAUUUCUCUAUGUCCACCAUUUAAGAUCUUUGAAAACUGAUGUUUCUUGGUCUUUACUAGCCAGACAUGCAUUUGUAGAAAGAAAAUACCAAGAACAUCCUAACCUAGAAAAAAUUGGUAGAAAAAUUGCCAAAAAAUGUGGCGGUUUACCAUUAGCUUUAAUAGCACUAGGGGGUAUUCUCCGGUCCAUGUCACCAGAUCGUUGGAGUGAUGUAUUAAACAACAGUAUUUGGGAACGAACAAAUGAUGAGGUGCAGCCAUCUCUGCUAUUAAGCUAUCGUUAUCUUCCUACUUCUUUAAAAGGAUGUUUUGCUUAUUGUUCAAUUUUUCCAAAGAAUUCAAUCUUAGUGAAAAAGAUGGUUGUUCAGUUGUGGAUUGCACAAGGCUUAAUACCUCAGUCGAAAAGUGAGAAAACCUGGGAAAAAGUAGCUGCAGAAUACUUCGAUGAGCUAGUGUCGAGGUCUCUGAUACGUCAACGGUCUAUUGAUGAUGAGACAAAAGUGUUGAUUGGUGAUCAGGAAGCUUGCUUUGAAAUGCACGACCUCAUCAAUGAUUUAGCUAUGGCAGUUUCAUCUCCUUAUUGCACUAGGUUGGACAACCAUGAGUCAGAUGAAAGGGUAGAUAAAAGGGUGCGACACUUGUCAUUGGACAGUAAAGAAAGUAGCACAUAUGAUAAAUUUGAAAAACUGCAUGGAUUAAAAGGUCUACGAACCUUUCUACCAAUGCCAUUGCAAGCUUCAUGGAGGUAUGAUAAUUUCACGCCGUGGAAGUUAGUUUUUGACACGUUGUCCACAAUGACACACUUACGUGUGUUGUCUCUUUCAUACUACGUAAAUAUCAAAGAGUUGCCCGACUCAAUUGGAAAUUUGAUAUAUCUGCAAUACUUGAAUCUCUCUGGCACUCUGAUUAGAAUGUUGCCUUCAGAAACAUGCAAGCUUUGCAAUUUGCAGACGUUGUUGUUGUCAAGAUGCGAGGAACUCAGUGAAUUGCCAGAGGACAUGGGGAAAUUGGUGAAACUACGCCACCUUGACAUUAGAGGCACUCCAUUGAAGAAAAUGCCUGUGCAACUAUCUAGUCUAGAAAAUCUACAGACAUUGUCAGACUUUAUUGUUACCAAUGUUAAAGAAGAUGGAUUGAAGAUUGGAGAUCUCGGAAAAUAUCCCCACCUACAGGAAAGGCUUUCCAUCUCACAACUUGAAAAUGUAAUUGAUCCAUCUCAUGCUUCUCAGGCAAACUUGAAGAUGAAAAAUGAAAUUGACGAGUUGGAACUAAGAUGGUCUUCCAAUGCUCCUUCAAACGCGCAAAUACAAAGUGUUGUAUUGGAACGGCUGCGCCCGUCCACAAAUUUGAAGAGCCUGACCAUCUCCGGAUAUGGUGGAGACAAAUUACCAAAUUGGUUGGGCAGUUCUUUUUUUAGUAACAUGGUGUGUUUAAGGAUCGCCAAGUGUAAAAAUUGUUCAAGGCUGCCAUCUCUCGGACUACUGUGUAAUCUUAAAGAACUCUUUAUUAGUGGCAUGCAAUCAAUAGAGAGUGUUGGUACCGAGUUCUAUGGAAGUGGUUCUACUUCGUUUCAACCAUUUACCUCUUUAGAGACUCUAUGCUUUAGCAAUAUGCCAGAGUGGGAGGAAUGGAAGAUGAUUGGAGGUUCAUCUCCCGAGUUUCCUAAUCUUACAUACCUCUCACUAGCUUACUGUCCAAAACUCAAAGGAAACAUGCCUGGAAACCUUCCUAAACUUGAUAGAUUGUCACUUAAUAAUUGUCCCGAACUUAAAGAGAUGACACCUAACCACCAUCCUUCCCUUGCCGACCUUAGCAUAACGAAUUGUCCCUCAUUGAUAGAGUCAAGAGAUUCAGAUUAUACUAUAACUACAAGCCCACCAUUUGAUGUAUUUAGCCAGCUGAUACUUUGUCUCAAUUCUCUUCAAAAGAUGACCCUACUCAACAUUCCAUCUCUAACUUACUUUCCCAGAGACGGUCUUCCCAAAACCUUACAAUCUCUCAUAAUUCAAGACUGUGAGAAUUUGGAGUUCCUUUCUCAUGAUUCUUUUCACAAUUACACAUCACUUGAGUAUUUGAAAAUCUAUCGUAGUUGUAAUCGAGUGACAUCAUUUACCUUGCGCUCUCUCCCGGUCCUCAAAAAUCUAACUAUUUAUUACUGUGCAUGUUUAAAAUCUAUAUUACUCGCUGAAGAUGCAUCAAAUCAGAAUCUCUUGUCUCUUGAAACAAUCAACAUAGGGAAUUGCAAUGAGCUAGAGUCAGUUUCUUCACUAAGUGGAUUGCUCAGUCCUAACCUCACUGAUUUAAGAGUGACUAAUUGUGAAAAGUUCCGUUCUCUACCCGAAUCAACAAAUACUCUAACUAGCCUUCAAAACAUGGAAAUUAUUGGCCUUCCAAAUCUGCAAUCGUUUUCCUUGCCCAUCAGUCUACAAGAGUUGCGGGUUGGCAAUGUUGGAGGGGUUUCGUGGAAUACAACUUGGGAAAAUCUCACUUCUCUUUCAAAGCUGGAUAUUCGAGGUGAUGAUAUUGUGAAGGCGCUGAUGAGAAGGAAUGUUCCGGUUCUACCCACUAGUCUCGUAUCCAUAGAGAUCUCUGGGCUUAAAGAUAUAAAAUGCUUGUAUGGGAAGUGGCUUCAACAUCUCACCUCUCUCCAAAAACUUGAGAUUUCUCACGCUAAUCUUCUCAAGUCGUUGCCAGAAGAGGGGGAGUUGCCUUUCACUCUUAAAGAAUUGUAUAUCAUUGACUGUCCGUUAUUGAGAGGAAAAUUGCAGCCGAGGACAGGGAAAGAGUGGAGUAAGAUUUCUCACAUUCCCUACAUAUGUAUAGACUAUCACGUCUACCAAUGA